CACUGGGAUGAGAAAUACCAAAAUAAAAACACUAGAAACUAAACUAGGAAACGAGAACUAUUAAAACAAGAAAUAUAAACUGAAAAUACAAACUACAUAAGACCAAAUCAUGAAAAACGUACUAUACAAACUCAUGGCCAUUUACCAUUUACAACGCGUCCACCUUCCAGUCUGAUCAGUAGGUGGCUUUAGAGGGAGCACAGAGGGGAAGGGGUGGGUGCAGACGGAGCACUGAGGGAAUGCUACUUUAAAAUUCAUGCCAGUUCUUGGAAAUGACCAGCCCUGCCUUUAAGAUGGAGCGAAUAUUGUUGAGGAAAGGCGGCAGUAUGUUCACUUCAGUGAAGGCCUUCGAGGGGCAGCAGUACUCCACCCUGAAGAGGCAGUGUCUGCAGAGUGGCCUCCUCUUUGAGGACCCCCGCUUCCCCGCUACCGACGACUCGCUCUUCUACCUGGGCAACAGGAUCGGACGCGUGGUGUGGAAGAGGCCUCGGGAGCUGUGUGAAGACCCUCACCUGUUUGUGGAUGGAAUCAGCGCUCACGACUUGCAUCAGGGACAGCUGGGGAACUGCUGGUUCGUAGCGGCGUGCUCCAGCUUGGCCUCCAGAGAGUCUCUAUGGCAAAAAGUCAUCCCUGACUGGAAGGAGCAGGAGUGGGACACAGAGAAGCCAGAAUCCUACGCUGGAAUUUUCCACUUCCGCUUCUGGCGUUUUGGCGAGUGGGUGGACGUGGUGAUUGACGACCGGCUACCGACGGUGGACAACCAGCUGGUCUACUGCCACUCCAACGACAGCAACGAGUUCUGGAGCGCUUUGGUGGAAAAGGCCUACGCCAAGGUUUAUGGCAUCUACGAGGCUUUGGACGGGGGAAACACGGCUGAUGCUCUGGUGGAUUUCACUGGUGGGGUUUCAGAGCCUGUGGACCUGCUGGAGGGUCAGAUGGCAACAGACGAGGUGGCCCGGAACCAGCUGUUUGAAAGAGUCCUCAAAGUCCACAACAGAGACGGCCUCAUCAGCUGCUCCAUCCGGGCGACCACCAUAGAGGACAUGGAGGCCCGGCUGGACUGCGGCUUGGUAAAAGGCCACGCCUACGCUGUGACGGACGUAAAGAAAGUGCGGCUCGGUCACGGACUGCUCGCCUUCUUCAAGUCGGAGAAGCUGCACAUGAUCCGCAUGAGGAACCCCUGGGGAGAGAAGGAGUGGAGCGGCCCCUGGAGUGACAGCUCGGAGGAGUGGAACAAGGUGAGCAAGAGCGAGAGAGAAAAGCUGGGCGUCACUGUGCAGGACGACGGCGAGUUCUGGAUGACCUUCGACGACUUCUGCCAGUACUUCACCGACCUGAUCCUGUGCCGCCUCAUCAACACCUCCUACCUUAGCAUCCACAAAACCUGGGAGGAGGAGGUGAUGAGGGGCUCCUGGGUCCAUCGGCAGGACCCCCUCCGCAACCGCUCCGGAGGCUGCAUCAAUCACAAAGCCACCUUCCUGCAGAACCCACAGUACGUGUUCGACGUGAAGAAGUCGGAGGACGAGGUGCUGAUCUGCUUACAGCAAAAAGAGAAGAGAGCCACACCCAAAGAGGGGAAAGGAGAAAACCUCGCCAUAGGCUUCGACAUUCAUCGGGUGGAGCUAAACCGAAAGUACCGUAUGCACUCAGCCCAGCAGAAAGUAGCGGGCUCCAUCUACAUUAACUCGCGCUGCGUCUUCCUCAGGAAGGAGCUAAAGGAGGGCCGCUACGUCAUCAUUCCCACAACGUUUGACCCCGGGCAGCAGGGCGACUUCCUGCUCCGUGUCUUCACUGAUGUGCCUUCAGACUGCAAAGAGCUGUCUCUGGACGAGCCUCCUCAGACGUGUUGGACGGGGAUGUGUGGCUACCCUCAGCUGGUCACUCAGGUCCAUGUACUGAACGCUGAGGGUCUGCAGGGACAGGAAUCCAAUGGAGCUGUAGAUCCGUACGUGAUCAUCACCUGUGAAGGAGAGAGGGUUCGUUCUCCGGUUCAAAAGGACGCACGGUGCCCAAACUUCGACAUCAAAGGCCUGUUCUACCGCAAGAAACCCAAGGAGGGAAUCCACAUCGAGAUCUACAACAAGAACAUUAUCGUGGACACCUUCCUGGGUCAGGUGAUCCUGUUCAGCGACCCCAACGAGCGGCAGGAGCAGCACACGCUCCACCUCCGCGACAAGGGCAGCCGUCAGGACAACGACCUCCCGGGCACGCUCACUGUGCGCCUCAUUACCUCCACCACGCUCACCAACAUCUGACCCCGCCCCCAUCCUUUAAGCAACGAUAGAAAGAAAACUCAAGGUGGCGAUCUAUCGUGUCCGACGGUCAUUUACCGUUUUUUGACUCCAGACACUGCGGAAGCUGUUUUUGUUUUGUUUUUGUUCGGCUGCUUGCACUUUUUUUAUCGGUUGCCCAUUUUCUUCAGCGUUUGAAUUCAUGUUUUUUCUGAAGGUCUGCACCUUUAUUUCUGAACAGAAGGUGACCACAGAAAAUCUUUAAUUUAGUAUUUUUUUAACACAUUUAUGCCAAAAUGAUCCAUGACGGAGUGUCUGCAUUAGAAAUAUAUUACAGACGAGUUCCAUUGCAGCCCACUCAAUGACCCAGAGUUUUAUGAAAUCAGUGCAUCGGUUUGACUCUACAAAGAUGUUUUAUUCUGCACAAUGUUGUGUUCAAACACACACACACACACACUCAUACAUGCACACACAAUACGUAUGCAGACAUUUCUGCACUCUCCAUGCAUGUGCCAAUGUUUCCAAGGGCUAUGCAUUGCCUUAAGGUUGAGUCUGUCUCUCCACCUUGAGGAGUCAGAGCGGGGGGGUUAUGUUAAAUACUUUAUCUUCUCCAUCAGCUGUCCUCACUGUUCGCACAGCCUCCAUUUCCUGUCCUUAAAAAAUCCCCGACAUGACAUCCAGCUUUGUGUCAUCGUUUUCCCCACAUAUAUCGACAUCCUGUGUACUCUUUUAUAUACUGUACAUGGCUUUCAGUCCCGCCACCGUCCGCCGCUUCACCUAGACCCCCUCAAGUCGUCACCAGUUUUUUGCCGGUGCUUUUGGAGAGCAUGCAGCACUGUCUGUCACUUUUUACUGUGGACUUUACAAAAACCGAUAGCCAACAGCAGCUAUUCUCUCCCUCUUCUGAGAGCUUUUCUGUGUUGUUCUGUGGGCGCGCUCAUGUGUGAAAUCUUAAUGCCUCCCCGUCUUCCAUCACUUAGAACCAUUUUCAGACUUCCCCGAGACGCUUUCUGCCGGUUGCUAUGGACGAUCCUAAAAACUGCAUGGCUUAAAAAAAAACAAAAAACUGAACUCUUUGCCUGUGCUGCACAUCUCUCCGGUCGUAGCUUAGCAGCCGGUGAUUUGAUAGUGCUACCCCCUUUUCCUCCUUCCAACAUGUGUGUACACCUUCCCAGUUUAGCGGAGUGCAAAGAUUCACCCUGACAUAAUCAAGUGCUUUAUGGGACCAAAGAUGAGCCAAGAACCUUCCGCUCUCUUAGUCCCUUUUUGGACUGCUCUGGCCUGGCCUGGCCCCGGCCUGGCCUAGCUACAAACACCACCCCCUGUGCCACAUCAUCUCUUAAACGGCAACACCACUGCCUGACGCUUCCUCUUGACUUGAGUCUGUUGGGCCCCGGGGCCAAAAGACUCAUGUCACAUGACCCAGGAGAGACAGCAGCUGUGCUUCUGCUGUUGGCACAGAACAGGCGUGAGUGUAAUGUGUGUUUGUGUGAUUGUGUGUGUGUGUGUGUGUGUGUGUGUGUGUGUGUGUGUGUGUGUGUGUGUGUGUGUGUGUGUGUGUGUGUGUGUGUGUGUUCUGCUAGAUCCAGCCUUGCUCUAAAUGGGAGUAUCUGGGAGUGCUUGGGGCGAAUGUAUAUCUCUUAACUUACCUGGAGGGAAAACGAUCUCUGUGGAAAGGUGUGAACUGAGAGGAAAAACAGCCCUUUAGGGAAACAUCACACCUUGCACUUUAUUUAAUUUAGGGGCAAAAAAAAGACCCUUAAGGAUGAAAGCGAGAGAGAGGAGGGCGAGCAGAGGAGACAUCCUGCCAAACAACCUGUGCCAUCGCCUUGGUCCUGGCAUUUGCCUCCGCAGCAGGAAAACGACUACGGGACAUUUGACGGACUGUUGAGUGAUUUUUAGAUGGAUUUCAGAUCGCUUUUUGCGUCAUUGAACCGACACUGGUACAACUUACAGUAUCUCUGAUGAACUGUUGCAUUUCUCGCGUAGAUCAUGUUGCAUCCGAUUUGACCUUUUGGCACCGAGGCUUCUUUUUUUUUUGUGACAGAAGCCCAAAAAGAAAAUCACAACAUGUGUUUGUUUGUUGUUUACUUUUUAAAAGUGCAAUAUCAUUGCAGAGACUUUUCAUUCCAAGUUUUUUUUUAAACUUUUUUUUAAUGUCUACAGUUUUUUUUUUCAUCCCUGUGUUUCAUAUGAAGAAUUUAAAAUGUAAGUUUGAGUCAUUUUUUGAGACAUUUCCUUUGAAUGUACGACAGUCAGUGGACUAAUUUUCAGUCAAACUAUCGAGUUGGUUUUCCUGAUUUUCAGCGCCUUUUUCCAUUACUUGAACUGUCACACAUGGCAUUUAAUUGAUCUUUUAAUCGGUCAUUUUAAUUGAUCACACACCUUUGUGUACAGCAUCUUUAUAAAUGUGUCUUGCAUGAGUUUCUUUCCGAUAUGUUCAUGGCCUUGUAUUGUACUGUUCAAUUGUUACUAUAUAUAUCUAUUCUUUCUAUCUGAGAAGUCUUGGAAAUGCUAGUAUUGAGCAGUCAGCAUGUCUACACUAAUGCACCACAUGUCAGUCCGAUCAUAUCAACAGGUUUUGAAACAGUUAUGUCUUGUUAUACAGUGAUGCAUUCUUAAUGCCUCUAGCAUCGAUGAACAUUAGCAGCAGUUUGUUGACUACUUUUUAGGUGCUAUUUUAUCUUCUCUGUGCUCUUCGGUGUUGUUUUCAGUCUGACAGAGGGACGGAAACAGAGGACUCUGAGAAAGGUCGUGUUAGCUUGUUAGCAGUGCAGUGCCAAGCAGAGUAAGGUUCGACAUGUUCCUGGGUAGAUGCUGGUUUUUAUUUAAAGUCAAGGUGAAAAACAGCAGCAGCUACCGGUUGUGACUCUAAUCUCCCCCCGCCGCCCAGGUCAAUGAUGUGAAAUGUUCAAAACAAGCAUGACUGAGGGUAAAAUGAAGAUUUAAUAUUGAGAGAGUUUUGGUGCCAAAGGAGUAGGCUGUUGAAAUUAAAGGUACACAGACCAGUGGGUGAAAGAAGCCCCAGUUUGUCCCUCUGUUUUUCUGAGUCACUAAUCAAAUGUUCCAGCAUUUUUUGAGAGGCGCAAACUCAGGCAAGAAGACAAUGGCAUCAACUCCACUCUUAACAGUUGAACCCUAAUUUGGCUCGUUGGAAUUCAACACACCAGUCUCCAAUCCGUGUUUUGUUAUCGUGGACAUUUCACAUCCAGAUUUACGGUUAAUUCUGUACUCAAGAGAUCACAAAUAUAUAAUGUUCAACCUUACCUUAAGACUAAUAACUGCUACAUGGUACAUUCAUGAAUGCCGAUUCAAAGUCCAGUUUCAGUCAGUGUGACAGGGAAUAUCAGUGCCAUCGUUAUCGCUGUGCCAACAUUUAUUUAUGGUUGAAGGUUUUCUUUUUAAUUUACACCUUUUUCGUAAAGCCUUAUAGUUUGUGUGAUGGAGUACGAUCAGGCGCAGGACAGGAAAUAUGAAGACGUUGGAUUUGUCAUUGGAAGGAGGGCAGCAAAGAAACCACAGUUCAUGAACCACCAAUAAGAACCAAUCGUUUAUUACUGGGAAGUUUUCCCUCAGCGUCUGUACAGGACAUAUAUAUACAGAAGAAGCCACCAACAACUUCCCCCAUUUCUGUGGUGGGACCUCGACCGGACUGGGUCCAUGCUCGGACCUUACAGAGUCCUGUAAUGAUAUACCCAGUGACGUAGUCGAGGGUGCAGUCAACGAGGGCGGACUUGUAGCGCCACUUGUGGAAACUAGUUGCAACCGUUAAUCUUUCCACCAGGAGGAGCAGUGAUUAUGGAAGCUAAAGUGCUCACUGCAUCGAUCAGUGUUAGAUACAAGUUUUCAUUACAUGGCCUUAGCGGUAUGUUCAACAGUUCUUGGCUAGCAGCGACUACUGGAGCUUGUUGUCUACAUUUAGAGUGAGCACAAUGUUCAUGACUUAGAUAACACCUUUCCAUCAUCACACACUCGGUUACUUAUUGAAAAUGCCAGUCCAAGGUCUUUAAAUUGUGCAGGAUGUGCUCGUGAAUCCUCAUGAAUGCUGACGCUGUGUUUACUUGUUGCAUCACAAGAUGGAGACCUUCUUACUAAACCCUUCAUCUCCACUGGAGGAUAUUUCAGUACGUCUCUGUCAAAGGGUUUCAGAAUCAGUGAGUCAUUUAGCAGCAACAUUCCCAAUUGAAGUUGUUUUCAAAGUAUGAAAAAGCUCAUCUAGGAUUUCCUACAUUGUGGCUGCACAUAAAACAUUUUCACUCACUGUACUUCAGCAGGCUAUCUUUCUUGGCACUAUAACAGUGCUCAGUGCAUUACUCUGGGAUUUGAUACAACCAAUCAUAUUCCCCUCACGAUGAUAACCAAUGACUUUCAUCAAACCUGACAUUUUCAUGUAGCUCCGUCACCAAUUUCUUUAAAUGUAACACACAGUUAUCUUGCAAAGUGAUGGCUUCAGUUGAACUUUUAAAGUGGUAAAGGCCGGUUGAUAUUUGUGGUUUUGAGUGAAUCUUUUCCAACAACUGUUGGAUGCAUCACUGUGACAUUUGGCACAGCCAUUCAUAUUCCCCUUAGGAUGAAUGCUUAUCACUUUGGUCCUUCUCGAGAUGUUCAUAUAGCUCCAUCACCCACUUUCAUUUAGUCAAUCUCAGAGCCAAAUAUCUGCAAAAAUAAUGGCAUCAGUUGUUCUUGGUGCCCAUGUUGUGCUAAAGUAGCUCGUAUUAGCAUGCUAUCAAGCUCAAACAAGAUUGUUUACAUUGCUAAAAAUCAUCAUGUUAGUAUUUCAGAUAUAAACAUGCGAGAAUGCUUUAGCACAGCGUCGCUGUGCCUGAACUCACCUUCAAAGUGCUGCCAAACGUUAAGGGACAUGAGUUAAUGUGGAGGUUAAGGUUGACAAGGAGUGAAUUGGUGUUCAUGAAUGUGCCAUAUCUGACAACGGAGGCGUUCCUCCACCCAUCAAAGACUUAAUAUCCCGAGUUCCAGUAUCAACAUGUCAGCAGCAGCCAGUUGUGUUAUUUCUUUUUAUUGUGUUUGUUUAGAUGUGGCACAGAAACACAGCCUCUAACACGCAACCUGACAGCUCUGACACAUGAGAGUAUUUGUGCUUCAGAGUCACUUACAGUCCGACGCUGAUGGCGAGAGCAAGGCGCACAAAUAACAGGGGUGUCGAGCUCGAUGUGAAAUCUUAACAAGCCGUUUCUCUUUUCCUCACGUGCCACAGCAGUGCCAAAAGGACAAACAGUCUACUGAGAGUAAUGCUUUUAAGUGAUGAAGACAUAUUGUACAUUGUGACGAUGUUUAAUCUUACUGUUGGACAAAUGUAAGAAAGACUAACUUAUAUUUUGAAGGGUUUUUAUUUUGGUACAAGUUUUACGUUUUUUCAACUGUUUUUAUUUAUUUUCUGUCUUUGUCAU